AAAUUUGGGAAUGGAUAUGAUACCAUUCUUAUUUUCCUCUUUCAAGCUCCUUUCAAAAAAAGUAUUGGUGUCAAUGGACCCUUGAUCUAUUGGUGAAGGCUCUGACACCAUAAGAGAUUGUGCCCCGCGUACAAAUUUGGCAAAAUGGAUACCCCUCCCAUAUCAGAUAACAAAAACUACUUAUGAAAGCCGUUGCUGGACUGGUUUAUUCUUCUAUCAAUUGAUUGAAUGAUUUAGAUUUACAAUUAGCUUAUAAAAUGAGGAAAUGAAAAUGCUCAGGCUAACCACUGUUGCCAUGUCACGGUGGUAGACGCAGUAAUGUUAACACUGCAGAUUUUCCACACUCCAAUUACAAUCCUACAAUGCCAUUGCCAUCCACCACUCGUCUCAAUCUUACAGCAUUAUGUAAAGAAGGCCAGCUGAAGCAGGCGCUGCACGUUCUGCUUACAACACACAACCCCCCUGGACACUCUACAUAUCUUCAAUUAUUGCAGACCUGCAUUCUCAAGAACACGCUUUCACAAGGGAAAUUCGUCCACUCUUUCAUCUCUCAUGAGCGAUUUACAUUUGCUGUACGCACGACUUUUCAGAGUAAGCUUAUUCACAUGUAUGUGAAGUGCGGAUCUUUGGUUGAUGCUCGAAAAGUGUUUGACUACAUGAGAGAACGAGACGUCGUCUCAUGGAAUACAAUUAUUGCAGCAUACAGAAGACAUGGUUAUCCUCAAGAGACAAUCACACUGUUUCACCAAAUGCAACGAACAGGUCUCCAACCCGAUCAGUUCACAUUUGCCAGCGUACUCCCAGCGUGUACCAAAAUGGGAGCUUUGGAACAGGGUAUAAACAUCCAUCAAAGCAUUAAGGACAUAGGAGUUUCGUCAGAUGUUGUAGUUGCAACUGCCCUGGUAGACAUGUAUGCAAAAUGCGGAAACAUGCAACAAGCACGCGAACUGUUUGACCAAAUACCUCAAAGAGAUGCAGUCUCAUGGAAUGCGAUGAUUGCAGGAUAUGCACAAAAUGGGUUUGGCGAAAAGGCCUUUGAAACCUUUAAGCAGAUGCAAAUGUCGGGUAUAAAGCCGGAUUCCACAACCUUUGCCAGCAUCCUCUCCGCCUGUGCUCAAAUCGGAGCUUUGGAGCAGGGUACAGCUAUCCAUCAAAGCAUAAUUGAAAGUGGAUUUUUUUCAAAUAUUAUAAUUGAAAAUGCUCUAGUAGACAUGUAUGCAAAAUGUGAAAGCUUACACAAGGCAAGUCAAUUAUUUGACAGAAUGCCUCAAAGAGAUGUUAUCUCAUGGAAUGCAAUGAUUGUAGGAUAUGCACAAAAUGGAUUUGUUGAAAAGGCAUUAGAAACUUUCAAGCAAAUGCGGUCCGCAGGUGUAAAGCCAGACUCUACAACCUUUGCCAGCAUCCUCCCAGCUUGUGCCAAAACGGGAGGUUUGGAACAGGGUAUUGACAUCCAUCAAAGCAUAAUGGAAGGGGGUUUUUUGUCAGAUGUUGUAGUUGCAAGUGCCCUAGUAGACAUGUAUGCAAAAUGUGGAAGCGUAGUUAAGGCAUGUGAUCUAUUUGACACAAUACCUCAAAGAAAUGUGGUGUCAUGGAAUGCCAUGAUUGCGGGAUAUUCACAAAAUGGAUUAGUUGAAAAGGCAUUAGAAACUUUCAAGCAAAUGCAAUUAGCAGGUGUAAAGCCGAAUUCCGCAACCUUUGCCAGCAUCCUUCCAGCCUGUGCCAAAAUGGGAGCUUUGGAACAGGGUAAGGACAUCCAUCAAAGCAUAACGGAAGGUGGACUUUUGUCAGAUGUUGUAGUUGCAAGUGCCCUGGUAGAUAUGUAUGCAAAAUGUGGAAGCAUAGACAAGGCACGUGAACUGUUUGACAAAAUACCUCAAAGAAAUGUGGUCUCGUGGAAUGCGAUGAUUGCAGGAUAUGCACAGAAUGGAUUUUGCAAGGAUGCUCUCAGAAUCUUUGAAUUAAUGAAGCACUCUGGAAUAUAUCCAAACAUUGUAAGCUUUGCUUGUGUUCUAUAUGCAUGCAGCCAUGCAGGUUUAGUGGAUGAAGGCUGUACAUACUUCAAUCAUAUGAACAACCCUUACUGCAUUACACCUACAGUUGAUCAUUAUGUGUGCAUGGUUGACCUUCUUGCCCGUGCUGGCUAUCUUGAGGACACUCUCAACUUUAUCAUUAAAAUGCCAGUUAAACCUGUGGUGCUUGUGUGGAUAUGUUUUCUUGGUGCCUGUAGAUCACAUAUGAAUAUUGGCUUAGGAGUAUUUACAGCGACGUUACUUUUUGAUUUGGAUCCUAAAAAUGCUGUGACUUAUGUUCUUCUCUCAAAUAUCUAUGCAGAAGCAGGUAGGUGGGGUGAAGUUCAAAUGGUAAGGAGGCUGAUGAAAGAUAGAGAAAUUAAAAAGAUCCCCGGAUGUAGUUGGAUUGAAGGCCAUAAAAUGGUACAUGCUUUUUGUGUAGGAGACAGAUCGCACCCACAGACACAGGAGAUCUAUGCUAAGUUGGAGAAAUUGGCUUUGGAUAUGAAGGCAGCAGGAUAUUCUCCGGAUUCAAAUCAUUCACUUAAUGAUGUGGAAGAGGAGGAAAGAGAAUUAUUUCUAUGUCACCAUAGUGAAAAGUUGGCAAUUGCAUUUGGUUUGUUAAACAAUCCCCCUGGAACAAUUAUUAGAGUUGUUAAGAACCUUCGAGUAUGUGCUGAUUGCCACACUGCAACAAAAUUUAUCUCCAAAAUUGUUAAAAGAGAAAUUAUUGUAAGAGAUGCCAACCGCUUCCAUCAUUUUAAACAGGGGCAAUGUUCGUGUGGAGAUUAUUGGUGAUUCAAAAUGUAGCAAUCUGAAAAAUAGACAUGAAAAAUAGACAUGAUGUGCACUGUGUCAGACCUCCACUAAUAAUGAGUGGACAAGGAAACCUGUAUCCCUCUGAGAUGAGAAGUUGGAGGAGGUGGUGGAGAAUGGGGAAGAGCAAAAGUUGAUGAACAUUUAAAAGUAAAUGAAAAUAUGCUUGAUCAAGUGGGAAUGGGAGAGGAGGGCUCCAAUCAACCUUGUCAUUUUGUAUAGUUUUUUGUUUUUGGAUUAGUUGAUUUUUUUCUUUUCUUAUAUAAUGGCAUGUAGAUCUUGCUUCA